AUGAAACACGGUGUUGAAGCGAAGAACUACGAUGAUCUCGCUAAGGCUGAGAAGUUGAAGCCUCUUGAGGUGGAAUUGCGACGUCUAGAAGACCUGUCCGAUCAGAUUGUGAAAGAUUUCGCCUUUAUGCGGCAACGCGAAGAAGAAAUGAGGAACACUAACGAGUCCACAAACAGCCGUGUAUUGUACCUAUCUAUUUUCUCUAUGUUCUGUCUUCUGGCAUUGGCUAUCUGGCAGGUCAUGUUCCUGCGCAACUACUUCAAAGCGAAGAAGCUCAUUGACUAA